AACCAAUCAGAGCACAGGGUUUUGUUAUAUUCAAAACGGAGCGACGAAGAAUGUAGGAUUAACAAAAUAUUUGAUGCAACCGUUAUUGUUUUAUAUUCAGUGGAGGUUGGAUGAAAACGAUUAAUUUUAUUGCAGAACUGUUGUGACAACGAAAGAAAACGUAUGUUACUAUUGUGGUCGAAGAAUUCUGUUAACUACUGCAUUUGUUUUGUUGAUUAUUUUCAGCAUGGAACGGUGUAAAACGUCGGCUAGUAUUUUUAAGAAAAGAGUUUUCUACUCAUCUUUAAGCGUGUCUGUUUUACAGUUGUGUUUUUUAUUUGUAUUGCUAUGUUUAACACAUUUUGAUCCGUGGAAUCCUUUAGAGUGGUUAACCUCCGCUUUGGUUAAGUUUGUCUCUCUUAGGAUUUGGGGCUGUUUCGCCGGAAUUGUCUGCGUUACAGCGGUUCAGUGUUAUUCAUACUCCAAAAACUUUGUUAAUGAAAGCAAAUUUGCUGUUAAUCGGUUUGCUCAGUUGAGAACGUUUUUUUCGCUUAAUUAUUGGCUACUGUUAAAUUUGCAUAUGGUUGUGUGGGGAAUUAUGAGUUGGAUGAUUAUGGAACUCUUUGAAAAAAAUUUAAUUGAUGCGGAGGACAAAUGUUUAAGUGAAAAUCGUGUUGUUUUGCUGGCCAGUGGUGUUUGGUUUGGAGGAUAUUUUCUUAUAUUUGACUGCAGAAAUGUUCAGAAGCCAACCCCUAGGUAUCUUCAGUUUCCUGUCAUUCACCAACUGAAGUUCUUACAAGUGAAAAUGUCUCUGUUCCCAUUAUUUCAACGAUCUGUGGUGGAUGCUGUUUCUCUAACAUUAGUUUUUUUUGCGUUCUAUAUAUGGAAAGGAAACACACUUCGAGAAAUUGUGUAUGAAUAUGGCCUUGCUAACAAUGAAUGGUGUAAGGAUACAUCGUACAGUGUCUUGUCUAUUAGCACAAUUCUCUUGACUUGGUUUUUUUCAAGCAUUUACUUCUACACUGUUUACAUAAUGAAACUACUUUUUAGGGUUUUUUUGACAGAACACCAUAAAUUCCCAGUCACUGCUCCAUUUAGCAGUGGUUCGUUGUUAACCAUUCAUGAAGCAUUGUUGUCCAGCAACCCUGUGAUCAUGCAGCUGGGAUAUUUGGAUCUAAGAGUGUUAGCUGAAAAAGACCUCUCCAGACGGAGUGAGUUAUUUACACUCAGUCAUUUGGGAGGGCAUCCCCACAAUUGGAAUGCGGUUGUAGAAACAGCCUUGAAGAUGAUCUGUGAAUUCACAGGCAGAUUGAGGAUGGCUGUGAGCGAUGAACCAAAAUUGGUUGCAUCUGCUUGCAAGACUGAAUUGAAAGAAAAUAAUACCAAGUUGGAGGUGGGCUCACCAUAUAGAUAUACUUUGCGUAGUUUAGUAACCAGUGGUAGUGAACCUACUACCCUAAACCCCAUCAACAUGACAGUUCUAGCUCCUGUCCCUGAGGAUACAUUAUUGGAUAUUGUUGCUCGGCACGUCAAGGGAGCAUUCACUCAACUGUUGGAGAAACCAGUAAUUUGUUAUUUCUUUGGAGACCGCAUGGAGUUAAAUGUACAUCAUGUGCUGUCGCACGCUCAGCCAGUUAUGUGGGCUGCUGAUGGCCUGUCUUUGCUGGCAGCAAGCUCAAUAGUGACGGAUAAGUAUGGUGUUGCCUUGAAGGACUUGCCAGCACUUAUUACUGCUCUUUUGGACCUGAAGCAAGUGCUGGACAGGUUACACAAGAUGAGCACAUUCAAGAAGGAGUUGAGAAGUUACCAAGAAGAUGUGAAGAUGAGACUUUCGCUCCAGGCUUUGGUGAAACGUAGCCUGUAUAGGAUAACCAUUGCAUUUCAGCACCACAUUAAUGAACUUCCAUUGUCAAGUGGUGUAAAGGGCCAAUUGAAACCCUUCAUCCUCUUCAAGGAAGGUUGAACUAAUACACAAUUUAAUAAACUGUUGUAGUUUUCAAGUUCUUUGUUCUUCAGAAUAGGGACACAUGUUGCCUUUGUCCUGCAAAUCAAGUGUGACAGACUUGUUAAUCUGACAAUUUGGUGGACUAAUAAUAUUUGAUUCUGACACAAGAAUAUAUUUGUUAUAAACAUGACUGCACAAAGUGUUUAGUAAGGCUUAUGUAAAUUAAGUUCUGACCAUUUAUUUAAUUAGUCCAGAUCAAUAGAGUUGGUUUUCAUAACAUUGUGGUAAUUAGUUUGCUAUAAAGCAGGUCAGUCACGGUAUGAGGUGAUGCAACUGUGGGUCAUAGGGUAUUCCUUAUUUUUUAAUUAAAGUUGUGUAUGAUUGUGUAAAAACUCAAAUUUACUGGCCAUAGUUGUUACACAAGUGUUAAGGAUUAUAUGUGAAUUCCUGACAUAAAGGGGCUGUGUUAUCCUAUUCAUUUUGAGAGUGUAAUUAGUGCCAUUUGUGUUGUGAAAUAUCUGCAAAGUUGCAGUUUUUAAAAUAGUACUGCAUCUGUUUUUAUAGUGCUUAUUUUUUUUUUGUCUGAGAUACUGUAUUGAGGUGAAUUUUAAGAUGCAAAUUUUUCUAGUGUAACAUGGCAAAUGACUUAAUGCAUGGUUAAGUUUUCACAUUGGAAAUAUAGUAAUUUAAUAAGAUUUGUAAAAAAAUAUU